AUGAGGCCAUCAUUGGUGACACUUAUAAGACCCCGUCGGCCAGAGAGAAAGACAGACCCUCUUUUGCCUCCGUUGAGGCUCUACAAGGCCAUAUUGCGAGCACAUGCCUACAAACUCCCGGUCGAAAUCCGUUCGUUGGGAGAUGAGUACGUCAAGGCCGAGUUCAAGGCCCACAAGGACAUCGACAAUCCUUUACACAUAGUAGGGUUUUUAACCCAAUGGCAAGACUACUUGAAGACUAUCGAUGGAGGUAAGUGGAUGGACGGCAAGUUGACCCAACAGGAGUUGGAGAAGAUGUCACCUGAACAAGUGGGCCAACUUUACGAAUUGAUGCAAGAAGCCAAACGGGUUCAUGAGUAG